CUUUUAGCAACGCAGUCCUUUUGGCACGGCCAUGUUGGUAGAAGUUGGACACCGUAGCUGCUGCCUGUCAGCACACUUGCAGACAAAAUACUUUCACCUCCCAAAAGCAGCGGGAAAGUUCCUGGAAGACAUUUUACCGCUGUCAGCUUUGUGCUCCCAGGAAAGUGGCAGAAACUAACCAUGUCCAAAGUUACUACAGAGCUUCUUUUGGAAAGAGCAGUUCCAAGAUCUACUAGGCUCCGGAAGAUUGAGACUCUGAAUUUAUCCAAGUUGCAGUUAAAGACUGGAGACUUAGAACCACGGUUGUUUUCACGUCUGAGACAUCUGCAAAAUCUCGAUCUCUCUGAUAAUGCGUUGGACAGGCUUCCGGCUAAUUUGAGCCUGCCAGGCCUGCGUAUCCUAAACUGCAGUAACAACCAACUGGAAGACGUGACUGCCUUGAAGCAGUUCCCGCUGCUGGAGGAGCUAAGCUAUGAAAACAAUGUGUAUUUGACCACCAAUGACGACUAUAAGGUUAUGUUUCUUCUACAAAAUCUUCGGCUUCUCAAUGGCAAGGAUAUCACCAAAUUAGCUAAUCAUGUGAGAAUUGUCAACAGCCGAGAGCUGACCAGCAAGGUCAAAGCCCACUGGGAGAAGAAUUUCCGAAGCCAACUCCCUGAGAAGUAUUCAGUCGAGCAUGUGAAGUUCAUCAAGAAAAAGUUUUUGAAGUCUGCACAAACCCACGUCAUCUACGGACCCAGCUCCCUCAGUGAAUUUACCCGAUGGAGGGUGAAAAUGAUCGCCGAGGAGUUGUUGGCAGCCCUGGUGGGACAGGAAGAGAACACCAAUCUUGAACUGCCAGACAGGAUGGAAGAUAAUGAGGAGGAGACUCCAGAAACCCCCAGGGAGGUGGGAGAUGAUAUUGCACAGGUCACAUUAAUCCCCAGCAAGAGAAGAGGGAAUCACUCAGCAGUGGGAUCUGCAAGCAAAAGACCCCGGUCCCAGUGUAACCUGGAGGAGGAGGUUGUGCUUAGCCCCAGAAAGUCCAGUCCUUCACGGGAUGACCUGACUCCCGAUACGCCAAGAGCAUCGAACCAGCCAGCAAAGGGGGCAGAAGAGACUCACAGGAAUGGAGAGCAGCUUGCAAAAGGACAGAGCCACAGACGAUCCAGCCAGCUCACAGAGGAGCCAAGCCAGGAGCAGGACAAGAGGGGCCUGAGCAUAUCUCCGGUCAAGGACCUAGAUGACAAGGAUGCAAUCAGUUUGGAGCCACUGCAUUUUCUUCAGUGUCACAGCAAAGGCAAUAGCCGAGAGGAUUUUAAAACCCAGCUCUGGUCCUGCGUCUUUGAGCCCCCGUUGGACUGUGGGACGAGGAAAGACCCUGUCAUGAGCACCUCCAGAACCAUGGCCACCUGUGGAGGGGAAUCGGUUUGUCUCAUCGACUGCGAGACUGGAAUAGUGCUGAAAAAGUAUAAAGUGGCUGCGGAGGAGUUUUUCUCUGUUGCAUGGACAACUCUGACAUUGGUAACUAACGACGGCCGGAAAAAAAAACACAAUAUCCUGGCCGCAGCCGGCAGAAGAGGAAUUGUAAAGCUGAUUCAUGUGUCAGCUGAUUUCUGUUAUGGAGAGCUAAAGGCUCACAAAAAGCCCAUUGCUACAGCCUGCUUCAGCCCAACCUGCGAGACUCACCUCUUUACUGCAUCCUACGACAAAAGAAUUGGCCUCUGGGAUAUCGGGGUCCCGGAUUGUGACUACAACUUCAAAGCAAGCCAACUGAUGGUGCUGGAAGUUGCUUCUAUUCCAUUACGGAUUGCUCUGGUCCCAUCCUGCCCUGAUCAGUUCCUGCUGGCUGGUUGUGAAGAAGGUUGCUUUGCUUGGGAUAUUAGACUGGACAAGCCACAGAAAAGCAGGCCUUUUGAAGUGGCGUUCCAGUUUCCUAAUGAUGAGGGAGAAGAGACUGCUUCCCACCGAGUGGAUGGAUUGGCUUUUCUGAACAAGGAUGUUGUAGUGUCGAAGAGUUCUAAGACAGGGUCGAUAUAUUUAUGGAGUUGGAGCCAGUCCUUUGAGGCACAGCGGAAAUCAUGUCAGAAGACACUAGCUGCAGUUAUUCUAGCUGAACUGGAGUGGUCCACAACAGACCUGCCCUAUCUCACCCUCAGCACCUGUCCAGCAGCAGAAUACGUGUUCUGCGGCGACGAAAAGGGAAGCGUAUGGAUGUACAAUCUCAGCAAGCACACUUCAGCCUGGAAGGCCUCAAAGGGAAAAUGCUCAGACAACAGAAUAGCUCCCACACAGAUUCUUGAGUGGCCAGAGCUUCGAGCAAACGGGGAGCUGCUGACUGAAGUCUUAAUAAACAAUGUGGUGACAGACCCUACGUUCACUUACCUUGUGGCUUUAACUGGCGUAAAUAUAGCAGCUAUAUGGAAGAAAACAUAGUCUGUUCUGAUGGAAAAUUUCAUUCCUGUGAUGUUUUGAAAUAGUGCAGUAUUAGUGAUUGUUUCCAAAAGUAAUCGUGAAGUUUUCUAAACCAGCCCUUAUUGUGCAAGCGAGAAAAUCUGAAGGGACUUGGCACACAUCCUAUCAUUGACAACACCGAGCUUCUUUUACUGUGAGUUCUCACAACUUGUGUAUUUGUUUUAUAGAAUUCUGAUACUUAAUAAAAUGUAAUACCUGCUAACU